AGAUCGUCCGAAGAUAAUAAAUGAAGACCAAGCAAGGAAUUCCAGCAUGUGGUGGGGACGGGGAAGGGCAUAUUCUGAAGAGAAUUGCACGCAUCAAAUUCCCACAAAGACACCCAAAAUCAUCAACCUCAGGUUCUACUUGUUCACAGGCUCAGCAUGAAACUGAAAGUAUAGAGUCAGAUGUCCCAGCACCACCCAAAAACGCUGCAGCGGGAGGGAAAGCUUCUCUUCAGCCAGAACGUACACCUGUCUUGGCCAAGUUGGGUGGAUGCAUUUGAUUUUGAAUUUGAAUUUGAUGAUGGAGGAAAGUGGAGAAACACCGUGUUUCAAAACGACAACUUGGGAGUUUGAGUAGGGUUGCAGAGAAAGAUGUUGUCUUCUUCUAGUCUUGUUAUUAAGAUAUGCACAAAAAAAACUUGUUGGCCUUGAUGCUCUCUAUUUCCGUAUUCAUUCAUCAGGAAAUAAAUCCACAUGCUAAACUUAAAGCAUUGCAA